AUGGGUUUCUCUUUCCGGGACAAGAUGGCGCCGUCCACGCCACUACUGACAGUCCGAGGAUCAGAAGGACUUUACAUGGUAAAUGGACCACCACAUUUUACAGAAAGCACAUUGUUUCCAAGGGAAUCUGGGAAAAAUUGCAAAGUCUAUACCUUUAGUAAGGAUGGCACCUUGUUUGCCUGGGGCAACGGAGAAAAAAUAAAUAUUAUCAAUGUCACUAACAAGGGACUACGGCACUCCUUCGACCUCCCAAAGGCAGUUUGCCUUGAGUUCUCGCCAAAAAACACUGUCCUGGCAACGUGGCAGCCUUACACUACUUCUAAAGAUGGCACAGCUGGGGUACCCAACCUACAACUUUAUGAUGUGAAAACUGGUACAUGUUUGAAGUCUUUCAUUCAGAAAAAAAUGCAAAAUUGGUGUCCAUCAUGGUCAGAAGAUGAAACUAUCUGUGCCCGAAAUGUUAACAAUGAAGUUCACUUCUUUGAAAACAACAAUUUUAACACAAUUGCAAACAAAUUGCAUUUGCAAAAAAUUAAUGAUUUUGUGUUAUCACCUGGACCCCAACCAUACAAGGUGGCUGUCUAUGUUCCAGGAAGUAAGGGUGCACCUUCAUUUGUUAGAUUAUAUCAGUACCCCAAUUUUGAUGGACCUCAUGCAGCCUUAGCUAAUAAAAGUUUCUUUAAAGCUGAUAAAGUUACAAUGCUAUGGAAUAAAAAAGCUACUGCUGUGUUAGUAAUAGCUAGUACAGACGUUGACAAGACAGGGGCGUCCUACUACGGGGAACAAACGCUGCACUACAUUGCAGUGAACGGAGAAAGCGCUGUCGUGCAGCUACCAAAAAAUGGCCCCAUUUAUGAUGUCGUUUGGAAUUCUAGUUCUACUGAGUUUUGUGCUGUUUAUGGUUUUAUGCCUGCCAAAGCGACAAUUUUCAACUUGAAAUGUGAUCCUGUUUUUGACUUCGGAACUGGUCCUCGUAAUGCAGCCUACUAUAGCCCGCAUGGACAUAUAUUAGUACUAGCUGGGUUUGGAAAUCUGAGGGGACAAAUGGAAGUGUGGGAUGUUAAAAACUACAAACUUAUUUCUAAACCAGUGGCCUCUGAUUCUACAUAUUUUGCUUGGUGCCCUGAUGGUGAGCAUAUUUUAACAGCCACAUGUGCUCCCAGGUUACGUGUCAAUAAUGGGUACAAGAUUUGGCAUUAUACUGGCUCUGUCUUGCACAAGCAUGAUGUGCCAUCAAAUGCAGAAUUAUGGCAGGUUUCUUGGCAGCCAUUUUUGGAUGGAAUAUUUCCAGCAAAAACGAUAACUUACCAAGCAGUUCCAAGUGACGUACCCAGUGAAGAACCUAAAGUUGCAACAGCUUAUAGACCUCCAGCUUUAAGAAAUAAACCAAUCACCAAUUCCAAACUACAUGAGGAGGAACCACCUCAGAAUAUGAAACCACAAGCAGGAAAUGAUAAGCCAUUAUCAAAAACAGCCCUGAAAAAUCAAAGGAAGCAUGAGGCUAAGAAAGCUGCAAAACAGGAAGCAAGGAAUGAAAAGAGUCCCGAUUUGGCACCUACUCCUGCCCCACAGAGCACACCACGAAAUACUAUCUCGCAGUCAACCUCUGGAGACCCUGAAGUAGACAAAAAAAUCAAGAACCUAAAAAAAAAACUGAAAGCAAUCGAACAACUGAAAGAACAAGCCGCAGCUGGAAAACAGCUAGAAAAAAAUCAGUUGGAGAAGAUUCAGAAAGAGAAAGCCCUUCUCCAGGAGCUGGAAGAUUUGGAAUUGGGUAUUUAAACAUUCACAGAAAGCCAAUUGUUACCAGAAAUCAGUGCAAACACAUUUUCUGAU